AUCGCAGUAAUUUUGAAACUUAAAUGGGCCCAACUGCAACCUCUUCGAGUUUCUUGUCUCUGAGGCAGUUCAUUCUACGUCGAGAGGCCCUGUGCCUCUACCGCCAGUUUCUGCGUGUGAGUCGUGAUGCGGGCGGGGCCAGGGAGAGGGAGGAGAUGAGGAGGUGGGUGAGAGGAGAGUUUGACAAGUGGAGACACACUACAGAUGAGGGGACUGUCAGAUUGCUGUUGACCCAAGGCAGACAGUCACUGAAUGACAUCAAGACAAGUAUAGAGAUGACAAAAUAAUGCUUUCUUCCCUGUCUGAUGGUACUCCGACAACUGUUUAUGUUGUGUAUUAUCAAGGUUGUUGAGCCCUGCAACCAAACUCAGUCAUCAAUGUCUACAACAUACUUUUACUCAACGGCAUAUU